CGAUGCUGGAAUCGCAUUGCUUCACCAUGGAAUCAUUACACAUUACAAUAACGAUUUGCAUCGAAUAACAGCAGCGCUCUGAGACACCCAAUUCGCCAAAAUGGCUCCUAGUCGAUCUCAGCUCAUCAACACGGCAAACGACUUCAUCGCGGCCUACAACCAAUGGACCGUCUCAGACAUCCUCUCUAUGCAAAGCCCCUCAUGCACGCACCGCGUUCUUCCUGGAAAUCGACCAGCCAGAACCAGGGCUGAAUUCGGAGAGUUUCUCGAGCGCACCAUUCCCGUCAUCCGCAACUUUCGCCUACACGCUGUGGACACAUCGCCGUGGAUUGUGGAUGUUGAGGCGAGGAGGGUCACGAUGCACUUGAAGAGCACGGGGGAGUCGGAUAUUGGGGCGUAUAAUAACGAGUACAUUUUCAUGAUUACCAUAAGUGAGGAUGGGGAAAAAGUGGAUGGGAUUCUGGAGUUUUUGGAUAGUCUGUAUUCGUCAGAGUUUGUGGGCAGCUUGGCCAAGCAAACGGGACAGGCAUUGGGAUAGACGAGUCUAUGAAGUCUCAAUAUGUGAAUUCUAGGUUCGUAUUCAAGUUUGU